GCCUCCAGCACUAUGAAGGGGCUUGAGGUGGCCACCCCAAGUCUGACGGCAAAUACCUCCCUGGCUGCUGUGGAGCAAUGUGGCCAGGAGACGCCACUGGAGAAUGUCCUCUUUGCCUCCUUCUACUUACUUGAUUUCAUCCUAGCUUUUGUCGGCAACACCUUGGCCCUGUGGCUCUUUGUGCGGGACCACAAGUCAGGCACCCCUGCAAAUGUGUUCCUGAUGCACCUGGCCAUAGCUGACCUGUCCUGUGUGCUAGUCCUGCCCACCCGCCUUGUUUACCACUUCUGUGGGAACCACUGGCCAUUUGGGGAGAUCCCCUGCCGCCUUACUGGCUUCCUCUUCUACCUUAACAUGUACGCCAGCAUCUACUUCCUCACCUGCAUCAGUGCUGACCGCUUCCUGGCCAUCGUGCACCCUGUCCGAUCCCUCAAGCUGCGAAGGCCCCUCUAUGCCCACCUGGCUUGUGCCUUCCUGUGGGUAGUGGUGGCUGUGGCCAUGGCCCCACUGCUGGUAAGCCCACAAACUGUGCAGAACAACCACACAGUUGUCUGUCUACAGCUCUACCGGGAGAAAGCCUCUCACCAUGCCCUCGUGUCUCUGGCAGUGGCCUUCACCUUCCCAUUUGUCACCACAGUCACCUGUUAUCUGCUGGUCAUCCGCAGCCUGCGGCAGGGCCCCCGUGUGGAACAACGCCUCAAGAACAAAGCCAUCCGCAUGAUUGCCAUGGUGCUGGCCAUCUUCCUGGUCUGCUUUGUGCCCUACCAUGUCCACCGCUCCAUCUACGUGCUGCACCUGCAUAGCCAUAGACCCUCCUGCACUGCUCAGCGCAACCUGGCCCUGGGUAACCGUAUUACCUCCUGUCUCACCAGCCUCAAUGGUGCCCUGGACCCUGUCAUGUACUUCUUUGUGGCUGAGAAGUUUCGUGACACCCUGUGCAACUUGCUCUGUGGCAAAAGGCUCAUGGGACCACACCCCAGCUUUGAGGGGAAAACCAAUGAGAGCUCGCUGAGUGCCAGGUCAGAGCUGUGA